UUGGGGUUAGAGUUCCCAGCAGCUACACUCAACCCUCUGAGUCUCCCGUUGGGUCAAAUGAGGUCAUCGGGAGGUGGGCCAAACCAAAGAGGAGGGGCUCUUGUUCGUGAAAGCAAAGUGAUUUUCCAGAACCAGGAAGUGGAGGUGCAGAGGUUUCAGGAUGUCCCCCCCUGUCACCCAUGGGAGCUGCAUGGCCCACUUCCUAUAAGGGCCCUGAGAAAGUGACAGUCCGCCCAGUCAUUCAAAGAGAGUUGCCUAGGACUAGAGGAGGCUGGGAGACCUGCUCUUUGACACAAAAGUCGCCCCAUCAAGGACAGAGGGUGCUGCUGCUGUGGGGCUAUCCUACCUACCUGCACGUGUCCUCUCCACAUCAAUUCAGCGUGCCAGGGCCUGAAGGCUAUGGUGCAGGUGGAAGCCUUGCUGGCCCCAGGAAAGGACGAAGAGCAUCAUUCCAGGUGACUGUGUCCAAUGGGAGCCUUGCAGUUGGGAGUGGGGGGACAGUCACCCUCAGUGCCUCCUUUCUUCAUCCAUCUGCUCACUCAAAAAUGGCCACUGAGCAUGUAGGAACUGUUUGGCCACAUUAGACAUGAGCUGUGAUUCCCACUGGGUAGCUAUUUCCAUCUUCGGAAGCCUAACUCCUGGCAAGUGCUAGGAGUUGGGUGGAGAAGAUGCAGAUGCUGGAGAGCACAGUGUGAGUGUGCAUGCUCAGGCCUGGCGGGCGUGUGCUGAAAUGUGCCCCUUGCCCCUCAUUGCCGUGUUAAAGUCCUCAGUACUUCAGAAUGUGAGCAUGCUUGCGCAUAUGGUCUUUAAAGAUGCAACAAAGGUAAAUGAGAUCUUUAGGAGGGACUCUCAUCCAAUGUGGACACCUUGAUUUUGGACUCCGAACCUUGGGAACUGCCAAGUAUGUGUCCCUAUCAGAAGAGGGCAACAGACAUCAAAUGACCAUGUAGGGUCAUAGCUUUCUGAAAGCCAAGGAGAGAUGCCCCAGAAAGAACCAGCCCUGUGGACACUUGACUUUGGACACCCAUCCUCCAGAACUGAGAAUGUGUCUGCUCUUUGAGUCCUUUGGUGUGUAGAACUCUGUUACAGCAGCCUGAGCAGGGGCAUACAAUGGGUGGACGCGGGCUCUUAAUGGGAGGGUUGGGAUGAGGUAUGUGUGGGUCAAGGGGCAGGAGCCAGGAUUUGGAGCCAAGCAACUACUAUGCCUCCUGAGAGAAUAUAGCAUCCACCCACAUCUUGUUAAAGAGGGGGAAGACGAGAGUGUGGGAAGGAUCAGGGAGGAAGAUUCGGGAAGCAGGAAGGUCCAGCAUUACAAAAGCCAAGUGUGGCAUGUGGCUUCUGCUGGGUCUUUAUCAUUGAGUCUUCACCGAGCCUGAUCAGACCACCCAAGAAGACUGAUUUCCUCUGGAGUUGAUAUGGAUUUCCUGAGUCUGUGUCCCUUCCUUGUCCCCACUCUUAUUUAUUUAGGCUCAUGGGUUCAUAGGUGUCAGCUGUUGGUCACUUGGCUUUGUUGAUUCUGGGCCAAUGCUGAAGCAAAACACCAUGGUGGAACAAAACCCCCAGGAUUUAACAAAGCUGCUUACCUAACAGUCGUAGCCAGGGAAGGGAAGUGGGGGUGAAGGGCAUGCUAGGACAAGAGAUGCUCUUCACAGGCACGAUCCCCAUUGGCCCAGUUCCUCCUCCUAGUCCUACUUCCUAAACUGUCAGUUCUCUGUAUUUGCAUAUACUAUUUGUCCUGUGCUUCUGAGCCUCAGGUUGCAGGCUUACUUGGCCUCAGUGGUUUUGUUUCCCCCUGAAUGUGGUGGCUUUGUGAUUGUCCCUGUGGCUCCCUAGGCUCUGGUCAGAACCAAGUCUCACAACCAGGACUCGUAAUGAGAUCUGUUCUUUGGAGAUGUUGAGGUUAUCCCUGGUCCAUGUCACCAACCACGCAGCUGGACCCUCCCCUCUCUACUAAUGAGGCCAAUAGUGUCACAUAAACCAGUUUCUAGCCUCAGCAGCAUUGAUAGAGGGAGCCACCCUGUUCAUUGUUGGCUGCUGAGAAGCAUCCCAGGCCUCUGCCGACUAGAUGUUAACAGCAGGCUCCCUGCCAACUAUGGUGUCCACAGCAUUUCCAAUCCUUGUAUUAUGUCCCAUAGGGUCAGUUCCUGCCUGCCUGUUGAUGGCUGAUGGUCUAGAGCCACAGUGCCCAUGAUGGUUCAUCAUCACUGUCAACUGGGCUAGAUUUAGAGUCGCCUAGGAGACACACCUGUGCCCAUGUCUGUGAAGGCAUUUCCAGAGAGGAUGAACAGAGGAAUGAUGACCCACCUUGAGUGUGGGUGGCACUAACUACCCCAUGGACCAAGGUCCCAGACCGAAUAAAAAGGCCAGCAAGAGAAAGGGAGCUGAGCUCUGUUCAUCUCUCUCUGCUUCCUGACUGUGGAUGCAACAUGGCUUCUCCUUACUGCCACCACGGCUUCUCCAAAAUGGCGGACUAUGUCUCCUUGAGCAACGAACCUUUCCUUAAGUUGCUUUUGUCAGAGAUUAGUCCCAGCAGAGAGAAAAGUAACAACCGCUACACUGAACAGCUUUUAUUUCUGAGGAGCAUAGAUGAGCCUGGGAAGCCCAGGUCAGUCUUCCCACCAACCUUGUGCUUGUUUCCUCCUUGAAGUAGUAACAGGCCAGUCUUCCUGUACAGGGCUGUGGACCAGCCUACUUCUAUCUUUAUGCUUUUCCUUUCUUCUCUGUGUUGAUGAACAUGGAGCAAAAGGUGCACAUGUAUGCACAAAUAUCCUGUUCCAAAUAACUGGGACUGUCCUUUACCUUCUGUCCCUCAUCAGUGAUGUUGUUCCUGUCACAAUGAUGCUCUAGCUCUAGGACUUUAGUAGCCUCUGCUGUCAACUUUGCUCAGUUGACAGGUUCUCCUUUGGGUUGCAUGAAUUAUUAUGAAACCCAGACCAGCAUUUCACUUGAACUGACUUUUUUCUUGAUUCUGAAACUUGAUGCCAGCAUCUUUGAGAAUUCGUGGCAUCCUCUACCAUGGUUCCUGGAGUGGUUGGAAUACAGUGGAAGUUAUAGAGUCAUGAAUCUUCUGUGAAUGGCUACAGUGUUACAGGUCAGUGACCUUUUUAGAGAUGAAAUAACUUGAAUCUGUUGUCCAUAUGCUAAAGUCUAGGUGACUACCCAACUCAUUGACUUACAGCCCCCCAUAGUAAGGCAAAGUGAUGUCUUGAUUGCCUGAGGGUGGUCCAGGUUUACUCCUGUUGUCCCCAACCUAACUGGUAGUGUCUCCAUUUUCUCUUCAAAGUGCCUUGGUUUUGAUAGUAAAAAUAUGUGGCCACCCAAGGAAAGGCUACCAUGCCCACUCCCCUUAUUUCACUAAAUGUAGACAUUAAACAAAUGAUACCUUCCCUUUACUGGCCUAAAACAUAACUAACCCAAACCCCAGUGAACACUCCUCUGGCCAGUGUAUGCUGAUGCAGAUCCUUAGUGGCACCGCAUUUCUUAGACACCAGUGACCUUGCACACUUUGCAGAGGUUCAGUAGAUAGAGACAAAACAAGCAGGUGCGCACGGAGAGCCCUUCAUGUUGCCCGUGUUUUGGAAGAACUAGUGUUUUAGCCUAUGAGAUCUGAUAAUGGUUGUUAUAACUUAGCAAAAUGCCUUGAGUGGGCCCAGCUGGCUCAUUAUAGUGACCCCAUCCCUGUGGCUCACAUUCAUGCCCAUUUGAUCACUGGGAUGACCAGAUGUGCCUGUCACCCAGAAGGAAACCCUCCUUGAGUUCAUUGCAGAGUUGACCAGGCUGGAGCGGAUGCAUGGCAGCUCAGCCUCCGUCUCCCGAAGGCAGCAUCACCAGGAAUUCUCACAGGUUGCUCUUUCUCCCAUCACAUUCCUACUGAGCAGAAUGCUGGGGUGCACGUCACAGUUCACCCCCUUCCUCCUGGCAACCAUGUAUCUACACUGCGACAUUUUUGUAAAACAGAGAUUGUUUUGUCUUCAGAGAGGUUGGAUUUGAUUAUUCCAGCCUCCUAUCAUUCCCCUUGGUUGUGGUCAACAAAAACCAGUAUGGCUGACUCAAUUUGAAAGAGUCAUGGGAACCCUCAGAGGGAAACUGGAUGUCAGCUGCUGGAGGGAAAAACAGGUGAGAGCUCUCCCAAUACCUGAGAAAAGCAACUCAAGGAAGGGGGAGGGGGUUUAUUUGGACUCAUAGUUUGAGGACACUGCCCAUCAUUGCAAGAAGUCAAAAGGGAAAGGAGCUGGGAGCCGCUGGUCACAUUGUCUCCACAGUCAAGAAGGAGAGAACAUUCAACACUCGUUUGCCUUCUCCUUUUUAUUCAGCCCCGAGCCCUGGCCUGUGGAAGAGUGCCACCCACAUUUAGAAUGGAAUUUCCCACCUUAAUAAACUCUGUCUAGAAACUCCCUCUCAAGCAUGCCUAGAGGUUGUUUCCAUGAUGAUUCUAACCCCAUCAAGCAAAUAAUCAAGAUUUCCCAUCAUGCCAUCCCAGGUACUCUCCUCCUGUUUCUCUGCCAGCUCUCCUUGGGCUGGUGGCCCACAUCUCCCUUUCUCUCUUCACUUAGUGCUCCUGCUUGUUGUCACCUGGGCUGUGGCCACUGCAAGGGCUGAAGUCAAAUGGAGACCCUCGGGACUUGAAGGUUCCCCAUGAGCACACGGCCAUAUUGUGCUGUCCUCACAGCCAUCCUGAGGGCCGAGGGCCAGAAGCCGUUUGUGUAAGUGCACAAAGCUAAUUAUUCUCUCUGCAGAUGGUGAACCCCUGUAAUCUUCUUGGGCUUGUCAUAAUCCAGCCUUUCUGGAAGCUGCUGAGGUGGUGAGUCUCCAUGUGAGAGGGCCAGUGACUGGGCAGAGAGUUCCAGAAGCCACAGAAGAACACCCUGAGGCAUGUCCAGAGGGUCCAUCAAAAGGCCCACAGCAGCUACUGGGAGAGGAGCACCCUCCACCUCAGCCUGACCUUGAUUGGCUGUUCCCUGGGCUCAGAGAGCCGAGCCAUGCCCAAGCGCUCCCCUGAAGACGCUGUCUGCAGCUCCCCGCAUCAUGAACAGCACCCCAGGAGGCACGAGGGAAGCUCCUGCCCCAAGCCACCGGCAGUGUCUCCUGCCCUCUGUGGCUCACACUCCCUCUGUCACCGAGGUGACGCCAGCUAAGAAGAUAACCUUCCUCAAGCGAGGAGAUCCCAAAUUUGCUGGGGUUCGCCUGGCUGUUCACCAGCGCACUUUCAAGACCUUCAGCGCCCUGAUGGAUGAACUGUCUCAGCGCAUGCCUCUUUCCUUUGGGGUUCGCUCUGUGACCACACCCCGGGGCUUACAUGGCCUCAGUGCCCUGGAGCAGCUGCAAGAUGGGGGCUGCUACCUCUGCUCCGAUAAGAAGCCCCCUAAAACUCCCAGAGAGCCAGGCCGCCUGCAAAGGAAAAGCCCCUCUGCUGGGCAGUCCCGGGGGCAUGAAGAUGGGCAUGAAGCUCCAGAGACAUCCUCUUCCUGGAAGGGCCCCAUGGCCCCAAGGAGGAUGACACUGGUGAAGAAUGGGAAUCCUAGAUGCCAGCAGACAGUGGUUCUGAGUCACAGGAACACCAAGAACCUGACGGCCUUCCUCAGCAAAGCCUCCGAGCUUCUGCGCUUUCCCGUGAAGCAGGUGUACACCGUCAGCGGGAAGAAGGUGGACUCUCUGCAGACACUCCUGGAUGGUCCCUCCCUGCUGGUAUGUGCUGGGAACGAGGCCUUCAGACGCCUGGAGAUGGAAAAUGAUGGAGGGAACAGGACCAGAACCUUCUCUGGUGUGACUGCAAGGAGUGAACGUGGCUGCUGGGGACCAAACGCCAAGCAGAGUGUGAUGCACUCGAGGGCCGGGUCAGGCAGAAGGCUGCGGCAGUUUUCCUUGAUGUCAGAGAGUGACCAUCCAGCAUCCAGUCAUCAGGCCUGGCCAGGGCCUGCUUUGAACAGGUGCCCUCAGGACACACCUGGCCCGCCUGGCUCCUUGGUGGCUGCUGAUGAUGUGGAGAAGAAGGUCUGCAUGAAUGAGGAUGGCAGCCUGUCUGUGGAGAUGAAAGUCCGCUUCCAACUUCUGGGCGAGGAUACCCUGCGGUGGUCCCAGAGGGUGGGGCAUGCCAGUGUCUGCACCCCAGCCAGUGGGGAGGGCCAGGUCCUGAGGGAGGCUGAUCCCUUCUGUUACAGACAGGAGGGCCACCCUUGGGGGUUCUUGGCACAUGGGGCACAGGGACGGGGUCCCUGUGAUGGAGGAUACCAGAGAGCCUUUGAUGUGGACCAGGAAUCACAGCCCAACUAUGACAUUUGGAGGAACCCCCUGACCACCCCUGGGGGUGCAGAUUCAACUCAGAGGAGGAGGUGGGGCCUGUCUAAGCUCUCUGGAUGCAGGAGCCAGGGGGCCAAUGACCGGAAAGGACGUAGCAACAAUAGUGUCAGCCCAGUCUCAAGUCCCAGGCACCCGAGAAGUGCCCAGCCAGGCUCCUGCUGUCCCUGGACUCCAGAAGGUGAGACAGACAGUGACACUUUGCAUCCAGUCUCCUCAGCCUCUUCCCAAAGUGGGGCUGAGCUAGAAGCUGGUAAGGGCCCCUGCCUAGAGGACACAGGACCCUCUGACUUGGGACCUGAGACCCGAGGUAUAGAAAGGGCCCUUUCUGAUACAUCAGUCAGUGCUGAGUCUCCCGAAGGGUCUAGUGAGUAUGGUAGCCAGCAUCACAGAGGCUCAAGCCAGGUGAGGGUCACGGUUUCCCAGAGGCAAGCCACCCAAGGUGACGGGCCCUGUGUUCCCACCCACAGUCUCUUCUCUUUGAGCCACAUGGACCCUCAGACAGAGAAGCGUAGACAGAGCACCAGGUGCCAGGAGGCCAGAGGUGAGCCUGAGCUGAGGCUACCCCUGGUCCCAAGCCGUUUUAGCUCUUUGGACACACAGAGCGAUGCUCUCCCAGCUCCUGCCAGUGCCCUGGCCCAACGGAGGCACAAAAAGCAGAAGAGGCCAGCUGGUAUUAUGUGCUUGCCCAGUGUCCCUGCCCCUUGCCAAGUGGCUCAGAACGGCCAUGCCAGGCAGUGUGACUAUUGCAGGAACACUCAAUCCUCGCUGGACACAAAUGCAAUACCUCAGGAAAGAGAACAGGCCUGCCUAGGAGGCCCCACACCACGAUCUUCUCCAAACUCACCCAGGGCUGGGCAUCAGGCCACCAGCAAUGUGAGAUCACCAUUCUCCAGUUCUCUUGACUUUCAAGGCCCACAAGCCACCAGCAAAGCCACCACCAUCCCCAUGAGUGACUCCGACUGUGCGUCCAGCUUUUACCAUCCUAGAACUCACUCUGCAGAACCGGCAGGGGACACAGAGUGUCCAGCUCACUCUCCAACUCCCACACCUGUCCACACAGGAGACGUCGGCUGCCUGUGGGACAAGGCAGGGACCACCCCUGAGCCUCCCUCGUCCUCUGUGUCGCUGGACAGACAGCCUGAGGCAGAAGACCCAAGACCCCACCAAGAUUGCUGCUGCUCACGGGUGGCAGCAUCCUCUGUCCUCACAGCCCCCAGUGGUCACACACAGGCCCCCAUCUCUGAGGCCUGCUGGGGGGCCAGCAGCUUCUGUCCGACUGCCCCCCAGGAGCAAAUAUGUUCCAGAAAGGAUCCUACAAGCUGCAGUAGUACCAGCAGUGGCCAGAAGCAAGCUGAUGACCAUGCUGAGCCCAGGAAGACUCUGCUGGGAAAGUCCCCCGGUAUCAGGGGAAGAAGCUUUGAGGAGCAGGAAGGGGAUGGUGGUGUGACGCCCAGUGCUCUGCCCUACACCUCUCCAGACGCUGUGGUGCGUGAGUGGCUAGGCAACAUCCCAGAAAAGCCGGUACCCAUGACCUAUGAGAUAGAAGGUGAGACCACAGAGGUGGCCCAUGAUGGCCCAGAAAGUCCUGAGGACGACCUCGGUGAUGGCUGCUCUCUGAAAGCCGGUAGGGAACUGGCUCAGGCCAGACAGCAGCCCCCAGAAGGGGUCACUGAUGAGCAGCCAGAGCCGGCAGGAGCCCUCCCAAGGACUGGUUCUGUGUGCUGCAAACUAGGAGAUGAUCCACGUCAUGAUACAGCAUCAGGUGAAGGGGCCAAGGCCCCUGCAGAAGCUGGGAUAGGAGAAGGGACCACUGUGGCCCAUGGUGUGAGCCUAUGCGCGCUGCCCAGCAGGGUCUCGGCCUCCACGCAGAUCAUGAAGGCCCUGCUGGGCUCCAAGCCAGGCCGGCCCAGCAGUCUACCAGAGGUCUCCAGCACAGUAGCCCAGAGGCUCAGCUUCUCUGCUGGGGCCCUCAUCGCCUGCCUUGCCAGGCUCCAUUUCUUUGAUGAGGAUCUGGGCCCUCUGGACGGCAACGCGAGGCUUGAAGAGUCCCCUAGGUACAAGGAGAUGCUGAGCAUCUCCCGGGCCCUGUGGCCUGGGAGUGAGCUUGGGCAAAGCCAGCUGGACACUGGCCUCAGGAAGCUCACGUCACACCAGGCUCUGCUGGGGACCGAGGACUGCACACCCACCUCCUCCUCUGGCGUGGAUGUCAGCAGUGGCUCUGGAGGCUCAGGUGAGAGCAGUAUGCCCUGUGCCCUGGAUAAUAAUACCCUGGCUCCCGAGAGGGCAGAUUUGCCCUUGAAAAUCCCCUCUCAAAGACCUGAUUCCAGGAACCAGGGGUACCCAGAGGGACUGAGUCAUUCCGCAGCCUCAUCUGGCUCCCAGGCGUGGGCUGGCCCCGCCAGUGGGGAGGAGUCAGGUAAAGGUGGCAGGAAGCGGAAGUGGGGCAAUGCUCCAGAACAAUCCGCGGAAAGCACAAGGCUGGAAGAGGAGGCCCAAUCAGAAGAGGCAGAAGGGAGGGUAAGAGAGACGCUACAGGAAGAUGGUGUCCAUGGGGAGGGGCUUCCGGAAGACAAGGCUGGAGUCUGCAGUCCGGAAAUGCCUCGAGCUGGCUCUCGGGAUGGGGAGGGCUCCCCAGAAGACACCAGAGUGUCAAAGGCUGAAACAGGAAGAGAUGCUGCCUCUGGAGGGCUGUGGCCCCUAGAUGGGAGAGAGGAACCCACAGAGUCCCCUCACCGUUUCAGUGGGAGCAACUCAAAUGAUCGCGAGAGUCCAAGUGUUCACAUAUUGGAGCAAGGGUUGGAAGAGGUGUCCACCGUGGCUGCCAUGGGCUGCGAGCAGGCCAGUAUCAAGGCCAGCUCAGGAACCAGGGAGACGAGCACGUCCACGGCCCACAGAGGAUGUCUGGACCCUGACCCAGUCUGGGUGUCCAAGCUGCUGAAGAAGAUAGAGAAAGACUUCAUGGCUCACCUGGCUGGUGCCACAACUGAACUCCGAGCCCGAUGGAACCUUCAGGACAACAGCCUGCUGGACCAGAUGGUGACCGAGCUGGAGCAGGAUGUGGGCCGAAGGCUUCAAGCAAGCACUGUCAGGGAAGUCAGGAAGAUCCAGAGCCGGCAAGGGAGGAUGGUCCCGGAACCACCCCGGGAACCCCUCAGAGGUCAAACGUCACUACAGACAGAGCAGCGCAGGCGCCGUCUUCAGGGUCUGCGAAACUUCUCAGCCUUCCCUGGCCAGGGCCCCCUCUCCCUCACCCUGGAGGAUGGGCCUACUCUCAGUACAGCCUUAGGGACCAGGCCAGGUGUGGGGGCCGUGGGGGAUGAGUUCUGUCCCUGUGAAGUCUGCCUGAAGAAGAAGAAGAUCCCCAAAUCCCAAAAGGAUGCCGCAGGAGUCUCCAGCGCACCGGUCAAAAAGGCCUUUGACCUACAGCAAAUUCUACAGAGCAAGAAAGGAGGUAGGAAUAGAGAGGCCAUGGAGGUGGCCCCUCAGAAGGCAGGGAUGAUGUUGCCUCAGGAGGACCCUAGAACUGUCCAAGCAACUGAUGGAAAGCAGGAGCUGAGCUUGGCCCCGGGGCCUGGGGUAGAUGAGGGAGAGGAGGGGGAAGAGAGGCAGAGAUUGAGAGGAGAGAUGGAUCCCGAGUUCUUGAAAGAAGAAGGAGCUGGCUGCCAUGUGCCAGAAGAGGAUGCAGCCACUUCGAGAGAAAGGGAAAUCCACAUCAGUGCUGCGCAAGAAAGCCGGCAGCUAGAGGAGAGUGUGACCAAGAAGGAAGAAACCCCGCACCCGCGCUUUAGAGAUGGAGACGCUUCGGAGGUUCCAGGAAGACAGGGUGAUGGCAGCCAUUCUGUGGAGACUCAGGACGCUUCCAGAGAAAGACAGCCAGAGGUAGAAGGAGGAAAUCAAGAUGAAAAGGAGAACGGUCCUUGGGUUAGUUCAGGAGAGAGCCAGAGAGGGGUGGUUUCUGAAAACAUCAGCCUAGACCACGAGGGGAGGCUCCACAACCGCCACAGGAGACCAGGGCCCCAACACUGUCCUGCAGCACACUGCACCAGGGCAUCAUCUCCGAGCAACUGCUCACAGGUGUCUCAGAAGGGCUCAGAAGAAGAUUUUCCAAGUGCACUCAUGUCCACCAAAGCCAAGAACAGUAGGGACUUGGAUGCAGAGAGAAAAGUCACCAUGAUGUAUCCAGAAAGUUCCUCUUCGGAACGAGAAACUCCCUCCAGCCCAAGACCUCCAAAGCAGGAGGAAGGAGACGCCUGUCAUGCAGGAGAUGAAGAGACAGCUGGAAGCUUGAUUUGUACCCAGGUUGGGGGUAGGGUAGAUGGCUUUGGCCAGGAUGACUUAGAUUUCUAGGUAUCCAAGGAUAGGGUAGUAAUGAGUCUGAGUGAUGCCUGCAUAAAUAUAAUACCCGUGUACCCAAGGGAAUAUCAAACCACUCUACAAGGGACAUGGACAAAGACAAGGAAUUGCUUGCUACCCACCCUGGAGCUGCAGGCCUAGCGACUCAGGAGGCUAUGGUGGGAGAAGAGAGAGUUCAAGCCCUGCCUGGGCUAUAGAGCAAGUUCAAAAGCCAACUUGGGCGACUUAGGGUGACAUUGCUUCAGGGUCUGAGACUAUAGCCCAGGGGCAGAGUGCUUGCCUGGCGGAUUUGUGGCUCUAGGUUCAACCUUGACAGUAAUAACAAUGAAAAGGACUUGCCAAAGAUAGACCACACCAUGCUGUCCCUAGGAUCUAAACUCAAGGCCCCCAGACUUGGUGUACAGCGUUGGCUGUGAGCCUGACAUGGUAUCAGAUGUCAGCCAUUCCUCUGUCCACAGAUACAUUCAGGGUCAUGGCAUAAAGUUUGUUCUCAGCCCCAGUGUCCUAGGUUCCAUCCCCCACAACUCAUACUAUUUGUAAGGGGGAAGCAAAGAGCCGGAAGGAAAAGUGGUCGCCCAGUGACCAGAAACCGUAGACAGCUUUGGAAAGGGACCGGAUGCAACACCCUCCAUCAUUUUCUGGAUGUUUUGUCGAGAUUGUUCUCUGUAUAAUAUUUAUAUACUGCUUUCCCAAACACUUAAAUAUAUAAGGACAUAUUAUAAA